AUGUAUCAGCCGUCACCUGACAAGUUUGGUAUAGUGUUUGAUGCUGGCUCAUCUCACACCUCACUCUACGUCUAUCAGUGGCCGGCACACAAGGAAAAUGACACAGGGAUUGUCUCUCAGAUCCACAUGUGUGAGGUUCCAGGUUCAGGGAUUUCUUCGUAUGUUGAUGAUCCAGCCCAAGCCGGAGAGGUGUUAAAGUCCUGCAUGGAUGAGGCGCUCUCUCUCAUCCCCUCACAACAACACAAGGAGACUACAGUGUUACUGGGAGCGACAGCGGGUAUGAGGUUACUGAGGCUACAGAAUGAGACCAAAACUCAUCUCAUCCUUGACGCAGUGUCAAAAACACUCAGGCUCUAUCCAGUGGAUUUCCAGGGAGCAAGGAUACUAGAUGGCAUGGAAGAAGGGUCAUUUGGCUGGAUCACUGUGAACUACCUUCUGGGUACUUUCAUACAGCAUUCAUACAUAAACAGCUGGAUACAUCCCCAGCAAGCCAUGUUUGGAGCCAUGGACCUCGGAGGAGCCUCUACCCAAAUGACUUUUCAACCCUCUGGCGACAUAGAAGACAAUAGCACGAAGAUGUUUUUCAGACUCUAUGGUUUUGAUUACAGUAUCUACACACACAGCUACCUCUGUUAUGGCCAGGACCAGGCAAUGAAGAUAUUUCUUGCGUACCUCAUAGAGGUGAACACGACCAGUGGGAAUGUCAAAAAUCCUUGCUACCCAAAUGGAUACAAGGCCAUCGUCACCCUUUCCUCUGUGUACAAUAGCCCUUGUGUGUCAACAUUUCCAGGUGACAUAGGAGCCAACAUUACCGUGGAGGGUACUGGAGAUCCUUCUGAGUGCCAGAUGGCCAUCAAGAACAUUUUCAACUUUUCUGAAUGUUCAAAUAAAUCGUGCUCUUUUAAUGGCAUCUACCAACCGCCUGUACAUGGAAAGUUCUAUGCUUUUUCUGCCUUUUACUACACGUUCAAUUUCUUGAAUCUUACCUAUGGGCAGCCCUUGAGCUUCACCAACAGUUCUGUCUGGAUGUAUUGCACCCGUGAAUGGAACGAGCUCAGUGCUAGUUACCCUACUGAGAACAAGAAGCGACUGUUGGAGUAUUGUACCUCAGCAAUGUACAUACUGACUCUGUUGGUCCAUGGGUACAAAUUUAACAGCGAGUCGUGGAAUAACAUACGUUUCUCAAAACAGGCUGGCAACGCUGAUGUCGGAUGGACUCUGGGUUACAUGUUGAACAUGACAAAUAAGAUACCAUCAGAAGGUCCCAGUUUUCUGAAGGCUCACUUUUACAACCUCUGGGUGGCCGCCAUUUUCUUCAUUGUGCUGAGUGUGGCAGCUGGACUAGUGGCUGCCCCGCUGCAUUGUUACUUCCGAAAUGCUUGCUCAGGCCAAGAGGGAUGGAAAUGA